GGCAUAUUGAUCUUAUCCCCAUCACGUGCUGAUAAGCGGGCCUCUACAGUCUCGACUCCAUGAUUUGAAUCGAAAAAAAGUUACGCCUAGAAAGCCUCCGACCGCGCGAUUACCCCACGAUCGGCCAAUCUUACACGAUCAAUGUCCAGCAGACCUCCGAAGCGCAUCAAAUCGCAGCAUCAAUCCACCUCGACUCCGAUGUCCAAGGAAACUGACUCCGAGACGAAGCCGGUUCGCAGCGACAUCCCCGCCAUGUUUCGGCCCCCCGUGAAUCGCGCCAUGCGCGUGCUGGACCGGUCGUUCUUCAAGCGAACGGUGCCGGUCUCUGCUGCCACGAUCUUUAAGACCUCGGAUAUUGCGACUGUGCGACAAGCACUGCACAAGAAGCGCGACUUGUUGGCGCUGCCCAGGAUGGCCACGCUUCGGGAUAUCAAGCAGGAUGAUGCCGUGCGCAAAUGCCUGUUGCUGCGGGAGGAGAUCAAGCAUGACGAUACGGCGACCUGGUCUCCUACCGUGUCCGAAUUGGUUGAGAAGGGCAUGGUGAGCGUUGGCCCUUACGAUUUGACGAUUGACUAUGACUACUGGUCCUAUGCCGACAUCAUGGCAUCCAUUCUCCCCGAAGAGCUGUGCGAUGAAAUCCCCCAGGGCUUCACCCAAGUCGGACACGUCUCCCACCUCAACCUGCGCGAACAAUACCUUCCCUACAAACAGAUCAUUGCCGAGAUUCUCUUGGAUAAGAACCCCACCGUGAAGACGGUGAUCCGCAAGACCGACGACGUCGGCUCCCACAGCCAAUUCCGCACCUUCCCCUUCGAGCUGCUCGGGGGCGUGAAUGACCUGAACGUCAUCCAACACGAACAGAACUGCGAAUUCCGGUUCGACUACUCGCGGGUGUACUGGAACAGCCGGCUGGAGACGGAGCACCGGCGGCUGGUGGACAAGUUCCGGCCCGGGGAGAUGGUCUGCGACGUGAUGGCGGGCGUGGGCCCCUUCGCCGUGCCGGCGGGCAAGAAGAAGAUCUUCGUCUGGGCCAACGACCUCAACCCGCACGGGUACGAGGUCAUGCAGGACGCGAUAAAGCGCAAUAAGGUCGACAAGUUCGUGACGCCGCACAACCAGGACGGGCGCGACUUCAUCCGGUCCUCGGCCCGCCGGCUCCUCGAAUCCCCGCUCACUGUGACCAUCGAACCCAAAGUCCGCCGCAGCCAGAAGGACACCGCGCCGCCGCCGGAGGUGUUCCACCGCCCCACCGUCUUCCAGCACUACGUGAUGAACCUGCCCGGCAACGCGAUCGAGUUUUUGGACGCCUUCGUCGGGGUGUACGCGGGCGAGGAGGCGCGGUUCGCGCCGCACACGGAGCAGAAGCUGCCGAAGGUGCACGUGUAUUGCUUCUCGGGCCAUUCCGAGGACGAGCACCACGACCAUGUGGAUAUCUGCCAGCGCAUCUCGGAGCGCAUUGGGUUUGAGAUCACGACGGAGGACCGCGUCGGGGGCAGUGGCCGGCAGGAGCUGGAGCUGGCCAUCCACAACGUGCGGUUGGUGAGUCCCAACAAGCAGAUGUUCUGUGCCAGUUUCCGCCUGCCGGAGGAGGUGGCCUUCAAGAAGGUAUGACCUGUCGCAUGGAGACUGGGUCCGGCGGACUGUCUACCGUUGAAACACAUGAUACUCGUGGUAUAUUGCAUAGCCUACAUGUAUACAGGGCGUUGGUUUCGAUUAGAGAGUGUAGAAAGAAGUUCCUGAAAACACAGUACAAUGUUAAAAAUGAUACCCUACACAUU